AUGCCCCGAGAUACGUGGAAGAAGGAUCUAGAAAAGCCACAUCGUCCAUGUAUUGGCCUCCUGUUGUAUUAUACGAAAGAGCGCGUUGAGUCACUGGGACAGGUUCGCUGGGACCGUGACCUCACGUAUGACGUUCUUGCACCCAUCAAUCUCGAAAUAGGUAACAUCAAUGGGAAGGAUUACAUCAAGGGCGUUCAGAGAGACACAGCCUGCACUCAGCUGGAUUCAGAAGUUGGUGUAUGGCAGAAAAUACCCCAACAUGGGACCCUUGUUUGGUGGUUCGGCAAUCUGGGGGACAAGGUUGCUUUAUAUAACGAUCCAGUGAGCUGA